CUGGUUUUCCUGGGCUAAAGAGACUCUCCAUCUUCCAGCUGAGAAAUCUAAAGCAUUGGCAAAUAAAUGGAGGAAUGCAAAAGCUUGAGUUUCUUUCCUUUGGGCAUUGUCCAGAUUUGAAAAUGCCGCCUCAAGGCCUUGGAAACCUCCCUAGUCUCCAACUUGUGAUGGUUGCAGGAAUGGAUGAGGAUUUUAACGAGAAGAUGGAGAGGAUUGGCAAUGAUUUAAAACAUCGUUUCAAGGUCCGUCACAUUCCAUUAUUCAAGCAUGAUUUCGGAGCCACCGAGCAAGAGCCCGGGACAAAGAAUGAAGAAGUUUCAGAGGAUGCUGGCUCUAGAGGGUCCUUGCCGACGUCUUACUUGGAGAUACAUGACUCUUCUAAUAGUAAGUCAAAUGAGGAGAGUUUGCCAACAGCAUCGGCUUCGUGAAGAAAACAAAUUGGCUUGCAAUUCCUGCUGCUUACGCCAAUCCUGUUUCUGUUUUAUUCCAAUUCCUCUUUGCUUUUGCCAAACUUUUCCGUGUUGAUAUUUAUAGCUCUUGUUGGUACCAUAAUUUGAAAAUUCUAUGAAUUGAAUGAUUCACAGUCAA